AUGGUUGCAGAAAAUCCAUACUUAAGAAUGGUGACUAGAACGGUUGAUCUUCGGUCUGACACAGUCACCAAACCAACUGAAGCAAUGAGGGUUGCUAUGGCAAAUGCUGAGGUUGAUGAUGAUGUUUUGGGUUAUGACCCAAGUGCUUUACGGUUAGAGACUGAAAUGGCGAAAAUCUUGGGCAAGGAGGCAGCUCUGUUUGUUCCAUCAGGCACCAUGGGUAACCUUAUUAGCGUGCUUGUGCAUUGUAACAUUAGGGGAAGUGAGGUAAUACUUGGAAAUAAUUCUCAUAUCCAUAUUUAUGAGAAUGGAGGCAUCUCAACAAUCGGAGGCGUCCAUCCUCGAACUGUGAAGAAUAAUGAGGAUGGAACGAUGGAUAUUGAUUUAAUUGAAGCUGCAAUUAGAGAUCCAAGAGGGGAGAUUGUGUAUCCAACUACCAGGCUUAUCUGUUUGGAGAAUUCACAAGCCAACUGCGGUGGUAGAUGCUUGUCUGUAGAAUAUACUGACAGAGUUGGAGAAUUAGCUAAAAAGCAUGGUUUGAAGAUUCACAUUGAUGGGGCUCGCAUUUUUAAUGCAUCAGUUGCACUUGGAGUUCCAGUUAGUAGGCUUGUACAGGCUGCGGAUUCAGUUUCGGUGUGUCUAUCAAAAGGUUUAGGUGCACCAGUCGGCUCUGUCAUUGUUGGUUCCAAAAGCUUUAUUGCAAAGGCUAGAAUCCUCAGGAAAACCUUAGGAGGGGGAAUGAGACAAGUCGGUAUCCUUUGUGCUGCUGCUUUAGUUGCUGUACAAGAAAAUGUUGCAAAGCUUGAGGAUGAUCACAAGAAAGCUAAGAUGCUAGCAGAGGGGCUGAAUCAAAUUAAAGGACUAAGGGUGAAUGUUGCUGCAGUGGAAACCAAUAUUAUAUUUUUCGACGUGGUAGAGGGAGCAAAACUCACUGCAGAAAAGCUAUGCAAGAACUUGGAACAGCAUGGUGUACUUUUAAUGCAAGAGAGUCCAAUCAGCAUAAGGGUUGUUCUUCACCACCAAAUUUCAGCAAGCGAUGUGCAGUAUACACUCUCAUGCUUUAAGAAAGCUUUGAUUGGGGUGCAAGAAGAAAAUGGCUUCUAA